UAAUUGUGCCUUGACCAUGGGUUCGUCAGUGAUUACCACCUGCCUCCUCCACCUCCUCCUCCUCCUCCUCCCGAUUCUCCACUGCGUCCUUAUUCUCUGAGGACGUGGAGAUGCUACCUGGAGUGCUCGUCGAGUCUGAUGUGCCGCUGGAGGGGGACGUGGUGUAUGAGACUGAAGAGCGAGAGGAGGAAGUGCUUACCUGUAUCAAGGAGAACAUUAACUCUACUCUAACUCAGGCGAAGAUCAUAAAGGAGAAGAUAGAUGACUUCAAGGAUGACUAUACGCAGGACAAGUUCCAAACAUCGUGGACAGAGUUUGACAACAUCAUCCCUAGGGACCGUGACGGUGACAUUCUGGAGGUGUGCAGCGUGGAGCAAACCUGCUCCACGGUGCUUCCCUCCCUGCCGGCCAUCUCCGUGUCUCCCCCCACCACGGACACCGAGGUCGUGCGCAUGCUUGACGAGAGAUUUGGUGAGAUCCCUCCGCUUCCUCUCCGCCUUCGAGCAGAUGGUGAUCGAGCAAGCGUUGAGGGAAGAUAUAUUCGCCAAGCAGAUGUUCGACGCCUACACCAACCAUAAAGUGCUGGCGAGGUGUCUGGAGGAGGUGCAGGAAGAAGUGUGGGCUGCAGUCAAACACUACCUUCAGUCCUGGAGCCGCUGCACGGGAAAAUGUACGUGGAAACCAGUGAAGUUAAGGCUCACAUCAGAGGCUUCAGUACCCUUCGGCAGAGUCUCCAAGGGCUUCAGCUUCUCCUGGAUAUGUUCCAGGAGGAGAGGGCCAAUAUAAGGAGGGUCAAUGAGGAUGAAGAGGAAGCACAGGACGAGGAAGAAAGGAGGGAUAGAAGAAAGAGCAGGAGGAAGAAUGGGAGGAAUGACAGCCGUAAGAAGAAGAAUAGGAAGAACAAGAAGGGAAAUAAGAGGACCAAGAGGAGGAAGAAUUACCUUGACUGAAUGGAUAGGUAAGACAUGGAGACUUUGUGCCUAGAUUAACUACUGCUGGCGACUGAUAAUCACACACACACACACACACACACACACACACACACACACACACACACACACACGUAUGCAUGCCACUAAAAAAAAAAAAAAUGACAUGCUUAAUAUUAGAUUUUAUACUUCUAUUUAUUUAUAUUUUAUUUGUAUGUUUUCACUCUUAUACUUACAUACAUGUAUUUAUUUGAUUACUAAUAAGCUUGUAUACCUGCUUUAGAUAAAUUGGUGUGUAUCUG